AUGGUGACACUGAUUUUGGCAGUAAAUAACCAAGGCAUCGUCCACUCAAAGAUCGUCGGUGAUGGUACCUGCAAUGGUGCAGGGUUAUUAGUGUUCGUUGAGGAAGUUGCGGAGCGUACACGCUCCAGAGUGGAGGUGGUUGUUCAUGGACAACGCAAAGAUGCACAUGCUGAAUGUUCCAAGGAUGAUACUGGGCUCAUAUUAUUAGCUGAACUGCUAGUCGCCCUACACGUACAGGUUAAACACAACAGCACAGGUGAUUUCGAAUGUGAAAGCAACGGGGAGACGCGCGCUGACCAACCCGAU